AUGGGCCACCAUGGCCUCACCACCCCAAGCGACACCGCCGUCCGCGGCAUCCGAGCCGCAGAACCCCAGGGCAGCUUCCCUAGCUACCCGGAACAUCUAAACUCUUCAUACAACCAACAUGCCCCUACGUACCUCGAGAUACUACCCGCUCGCAAAACACAACAACAGUCGUCAACCGCUGGAACACCAUCUAUCCCAUUGCCUUGA